AUGCCUCGCGAGAACAGCUUCAGCGAUUCCGAGGGCCGUUCUCUCACUCCAGACCCCGAAGACGGUCUCGCGACCUCUCCAGCCUACCCCGGGCCCCCCGCCGCCCGUCCCAGCACCGACAAAACCAAUGCCCACUCUCCCAACUCGGAGGAGAAGAGUCCUCAGCACCGCCAGCUCAAAUGCGGCUACACAUCCCCCACCACGCCCUUCUCCACCGCCCAGCAGCCCAUCUUCCUAGCCCCCGCGGACCGCUUCCGCUCCGCCGUUCGCAAGGUGAUGGCCAUGCGCUCUAUGUCCUCGCUCUUCACACGCCGCGGUGUCGGUGCGGAGCCAGGGGCCGACCCGCGCUCGGCCGCCGCGUUCCUCAGCUACGGGCAUAUCCGCCAGCAGUGCACGAUCGAGGUGAACGACUACUCGACGAUGCGGACGAGCGCUAUGAGGAUGGACAAUACGGCGUUCUUGAAGUUCCUAGCGGAGGAGGGCGCGAGCGGGAGGAGGGAGCCGUGGGUGCGCGUGAGGUGGAUCAACGUCGGGGGCAUUAGCUGGGACGUCGUCAGCGCGCUCGCGCUCAAGUACGACCUGCACCCGCUCGCGCUCGAGGACGUCCUCCACCAGCGCGGCCACCCGCGCUCGAAGGCGGACUACUACCCGCAGCACCUCUUCGUUCGCGUCCUCGUCCACACCCUCGCCUCCGCCGCCGCUGAGGUAGACGACCGCGCGUCGGACGAUACUGCGGUUUUUUCCCGCGGCCCUCGUUCGGAGUCCCCCGCGCCCAUGGAGGACGAGGACGAGGAUGCGGUCAGAUUCCGGGUCAGUGCGCGCAGACCUAACGGUACCGGAGAAGACGAAGAAGAGGAGGUCGAGGGUGACGAGCGGACAGUGUACGGCAGCGCGAGCGCGUCCAAGUUCUCCACCUUUCGGCGGGGGAAGAGGCCCAGCGUCGGUCUCCGGCGACGCUCCGAGGGCCCCCACGACGUCGAGGUCCCCCCGCCCCCCGCUCUCGGGCAGUGGCGCUUCGCCGGCGUGGACAUGGUAGAGGAGAGCGGCAAGAAGACGGCGCGGUACAGGAAGCUGGUCAAGGAGCUCAAGCGGGGGGACCGGGUCGAGGUCAAGAUCCGCCCGAUGUGUGUCUUGCUCUUGAGGGACGGGACGGUGGUUUCGAUCCACAAAGAUACGACGCUGGGCCUGACGGCGCCGAUCGCAGAGCGACUGAGGCAGCGCAAUACGGUGCUGCGGACGAGCGCGGACCCGUCGCUGCUCGUCCAGUCCUUGCUUGACCUCGUCGUCGACCAAGCGCUGGAGGUCGUCGAGGAAUAUCAGGGUCGGAUCCUCAAGAUCGAGCAGCAGGUCCUGCUCAAGCCCAGCGUGCAGACCGUCCGCAGACUGCAUAUACUGCAGGGCGACCUGGUGCUGCACAAACGCACGCUCGAGCCGAUCAAGACGGUCAUCUACGGUCUCAGGCGGUACGACGUCGACCGUGCUCUCGCGCUGCGGGAUCCGAGCAGCGUCGAUGAGAAGGUGCCCGUCGAGGGGUAUAUGAGCCAUAAGGCGAAGAUCUACCUGGCUGACGUGCACGAUCAUAUGGAGUAUAUCUUGACGAGCUUGGACAUGGUUGCGGGCAUCACGGAGAAUCUGAUGAACUACACGUUCAACAUGGCGUCGUACGAAAUGAACGACGUGAUGCGCCGGUUGACGAUGGCGACGAUCAUCUGUCUCCCACUCACCCUCCUCACGGGGUACUUCGGCAUGAACUUCACCAGGCAGUGGUCGGUACACUCGCACAGCGACCUCUUCUUCUGGGAGGUCGCGAUUCCCGUCAUGCUCGCCGUCGUCCCCCUCUUCAUGUGGGCGGACAUACAGCGCAUGGGGCGUUAUCUGGAUAAGAGGUGGAGGCGGCGGAGGAUCAAUAAGGCGUUCAAGCGUGCGUAG